AUCCGUUUUUGAUACGAUGACAAUGGGAGAUAAUUUCACAAUGAAAAUCAGCUGUUAAAAUUUUUAGUGACCUAAAUUUUCUGUUAUCUUUAGUUUACCUGUCCUUUACCCUGCUACUGAAUAAGUGUCUCAGCACACAGAAAUGGCCUCUACAAGUGUUUCCAGAUUUUCUCGGCUACUACGCACAGUUUGUACAAGAAAAUUUCAUCAACCUGAGAUAGCUGGGAUUCAAUUAAAAGGUCAUUAUGGGACUUCCGCUGCAGAGAAAGAAUAUGCAUUUGAGAUGGCUUGCUCAAACAUCAGAUAUGGAGAAGGAGUAACAAAGGAAGUAGGAAUGGAUUGUAAUAACUUUGGUGCUAAGAAAGUAUGUUUAAUGACAGACAAACAUCUGGUUGAUUUAGAUUGUGUAAAAACAGUUCUACAAUCAUUGGAUGAUCAUAAAGUCAACUAUAAACUGUACUCCAAUGUAAGAGUGGAACCCACCAAUGAAAGCUUUCAGGCCGCCAUAGAUUAUGCCAAGGAAGAACAAUUUGACCUGUAUAUUUGUGUAGGAGGGGGAUCAGUGAUGGACACAUGUAAAGCAGCCAAUUUGUAUGCCAGCAAUCCGUCAGCAGAAUUGUUAGAUUAUGUCAAUGCCCCUAUUGGCAAAGGUUUACCUGUAACUCAUACCUUGAAACCACUUAUUGCAAUAACAACAACAGCAGGAACUGGGAGUGAGACAACAGGAACAUCAGUGUUUGAUUAUCUCCCCUUGAAAUCCAAAACAGGAAUAUCCAACAGAGCCAUUAGACCAACAUUAGGUAUUGUAGACCCUCUACAUUUACGUACUAUGCCAGAAAGAGUAGCAGCUUACAGCGGUAUAGAUGUGUUAUGUCAUGCUAUUGAAUCUUAUACAGCAAUACCAUACAGAGAGAGAGUAACUGGAAGACCUUCCAAUCCAAACUUAAGACCCGCCUACCAAGGUUGCAAUCCAAUCAGUGAUAUCUGGUGCAUGCAUGCUUUAAAGAUGACAAACAAAUAUCUUAAAAGAGCUGUUUACGACAAAGGUGAUGUCGAGGCUAGAUCAGAAAUGCACAUGGCAAGCUGUUAUGCUGGUAUUGGGUUUGGUAAUAGUGGAACCCAUUUAUGCCAUGGUAUGUCAUAUCCAAUCUCAGGACUGGUUAAGAAUUUUAAAUCCAAAGAUUAUGAUGACGAUCAUCCUAUGGUGCCACAUGGACUUUCUGUUAUAGUGUCUGCUCCUGCUGUGUUCAACUUCACUGCCCCAGCUUGUCCAGAGCGCCAUCUACAGGCAGCAGAGUUUUUAGGUGUUGAUAUCACAAAUAAAAGAAAGGAAGAUGCUGGUCCAAUUUUAUCAGACAGACUUAGACAAAUCAUGCAAGACUUAGAAAUGCCUGAUGGUCUGGCUGCUUUUGGAUACACAUCAGCAGACAUACCUGCUCUAGUCAAGGGGACAUUACCACAGCAUAGAGUCAACAAAUUGUCACCAAGACCACAGACAGAGGACGACUUUGCAAUGUUGUUCGAAAACAGUAUGAAGAAUUACUGAUGAAAUUGUAAUUACAAUUCUUAUGCAAUGAACAAAUGUAGUGAUUUUUAUAGAUAAUCAGAUGUAGCAAAUUUAUACAGGGUAAUUGUUCUGAUACUUUUUAUUCAUUUCUGUUAAAUCUCAUGUCUGAUAGAACAGGAAUAUAUAUUUGGCUGAGGAGUGCAAGUAAAGCCAACAUUUCUGACAUUCAUAUCCAAUUCAGUGUUAUUAACUCUUCAAAAAUAUCUAUUCAUUUUAUUUUGUUUUGAUAAUUUACAGAAAAAUAAUUCCUUUGAACCUUUAAAAAAUUGAAUAGAAUAAUAUACAAAAUAUAAAUUUAAAAAAAUACCAGAAUUAUUUUUUUCAUGACUUUUCUGGCAAUUUAUUCAGUAUGUUUACUCACAGUGAAUAAAUUAAAUCCAUAUCUUAACAUACCAAAUGUUGUUUUCAGGCAAACAAAAGCAAUUGAGAAGAAGAAACAUAAAAUUGCAUUCAUAUGUUUGUGAAACAGUGUUUUUUUUCUUUUUCUCUCCUAACACAUUGGUAUAUUUAUAUUUUUACUUUUCAAUGCAUGCUUAAAUUAAAAAAGUAUAAUCAAGCUUUAUAUUACUCAAUAGGUUCAAUCAUGUAUUGCCCCUUUUGCUUCUGUAUAGUUCACAAAUGUUAAGGCUUAGUUUAAUAUUUCUGUUGUUGCUUAUUUUAAUUUUAUGUCUGUCUUUAAAUUCUAGUCUUGUUUUACAGUGGUAUAUAGUUGCAUUGUAACAUUGUAUACUGUAAACCUUUGCUGUUAUGUAUAUUAUAUAUACAAGUGUCUUUGUUUGUUUGAUUCGAAAGAUUUGAAUUGCUUUUUAAAAUGUUUUGAAUAUAUUAU